ACGAGACGAGAGCAAUAUUUGUGUGGUGACUGCCGAGCUGAGGCGUGUCUCUCUCGUCUGGACCUUCACGUAAGUUCCUGAAGCUUCGAGUCCUUUCCAAACAGAUCGGUUCUGUUUAUAAUAUAUGUAACCCGCCAUUGCUCUACCAUUCUCUACUUUCUUCCUCUUUGCAGAAUCAAUAAUCACUCUUCUAUACAUUAGGGCUUUUUUUUUCUCCUUUUUUUCCCCCUCUUUCUCCAAUCUGAAAAAAUGGCACAAGAAGGACCCAAUUGGGAUGGAUUGCUCAAGUGGAGCCUCGCUCACUCUGAUGGCACUCGUCCUCCUCCAAAUUUAAGUGAGGAGGACCGAAGAUGGUUCAUGGAAGCUAUGCAAGCACAAACUGUGGAUGUUAUUAAGAGGAUGAAAGAUAUAACUCUUGUUAUGCAAACUCCUGAGCAAGUCCUGGAGUCACAAGGAGUUACUGCUGCAGAUAUUGAAGAUAUGUUGGAUGAGCUGCAGGAGCACGUUGAGGCAAUUGACAUGGCUAAUGAUCUUCACUCAAUUGGUGGUUUGGUUCCUCUCCUUGGUUACCUUAAGAACUCCCAUGCUAACAUUCGAGCAAAGGCUGCAGACGUUGUGACCACAAUUGUUCAGAACAACCCUAGGAGUCAACAACUGGUAAUGGAUGCAAAUGGCUUGGAACCUCUGCUUUCUAAUUUCACUUCAGAUCCUGAUGUUACUGCUCGAACCAAAGCACUUGGAGCAAUAUCCUCUUUAAUCAGGCAUAACAAGCCAGGAAUUGCUGCGUUUCGUCUUGCAAAUGGUUAUGCUGGUCUGAGAGAUGCUUUGAGUUCUGAGAAUGUGAGAUUUCAAAGGAAAGCCCUUAACUUAAUCCAUUACUUACUGCACGAAAACUGGUCAGAUUGCUACGUAGUAACUGAACUAGGAUUUCCUCGCAUUAUGAUGCACCUUGCCUCGAGUGAAGAUGCGGAGGUACGAGAAGCUGCACUUCGGGGGCUUCUUGAGCUUGCUCGGGACAGGCCUGGUGGGACAACAAACGGUAGUAGUUUGGGUGAUGAAGAUGAGAAACUGAAGCAAAUUCUUCAAGAACGGAUUACUGGUAUCAGCUUGAUGUCGCCGGAGGAUCUUGGAGCCGCUAAGGAGGAGAGGCAGCUUGUGGACUCCCUUUGGAAUGCGUGCUAUAAAGAGCCAUCUUCUCUUCGAGAGAAGGGGCUUCUUGUUCUUCCUGGGGAAGAUGCACUGCCACCAGAUGUUGCCAGCCAGCAUUUUGAACCUCCUCUAAGAGCAUGGGCUGCUAACCGAACAGUUGAUUCAAAUCCCAGUACUGAAAAGAAAGAAACCCCUACGCCUUUGUUGCUGGGUCCUGGUUCAUCGGUGAAUACUUGUGUCCAAAGUAGCUCAAAUGCAGAUGCUGAUGCAGGUGAGAAUCACAGCAGCGACGCAGGGCAGUAAUGUAGUUGAGGGAGUUCAUAGGUUUAGUCGAAAGUGUUUUCAUGGGAUAUCUUGUUUAUCUCUUAGUGUGACUAAUAUGAAUCCUUUUUUGCUCUAUUUCGCCCCGUUAGCCUCUUUCUCUGUGUUAAAAUUAGCACUCUUGUUGUUGCUGGUUUGUAUACAUUAGCAGUAUCUAAGAGGUUUGUUCGAUGCUUUUGUACUUCUCAUUACUCCAAAUCCGUCACAAGAAAGGAUAGAAGAAGUUCAUGAAAUACUUUUAUGUUCUCCAUGAUGCUAAUUAUACAAGAAGACUUUCAUUGAGUUUAA